UCUUAAUGGUCAUUUAGCUGUCUUUCUCUUUUUUCAUCCCUGUAUUUAGUGCUGGAAGCAGAAGGCACUACAUUUCACUCAGCAGAGGCUGUGGGAUCGAGAUAAGCUUUCUGGAGCUCACGUGUUGCGGCCUUCUCCUCUAGCCGGAGCUUAUCGUACACUUGUUAACACACAGAUCUACCGGCUGACGUCAUCAUGUUCGGCUGGAUCGGCGGUUUCUUCACCUAUGAGACGACCAAGUCUGUGGUGGUCAAGAGCUGGUCGGUGGGAAUUAUCAAUCGUGUGGCUCAACUCCUCAUCAUCAUUUACUUUGUUGGCUGGGUGUUUCUCCAUGAGAAGGCCUAUCAGGUCCGUGACACAGGGAUCGAGUCGUCAGUCAUGACUAAAGUGAAGGGCUUCGGCUUCUUAAACAGUCAUCUAAUGGACGUAGCCGACUAUGUGAUGCCCACGCAGGGUUCCUCCAUGUUCUGCGUCAUCACCGCAAUGUUCAUUACAGCCAAUCAGACGCAGAGGAAAUGUCCCGAGACUGACAAGAAUUAUAACUGCACCACUGAUAAACACUGUGAGAAACACCACUCCACAAACUUGGCAAGUGGGAAGAUAACGGGCAAAUGUAUCACUGAGGUGGAACGGUGUGAGAUUUUAGGCUGGUGUCCAGCAGAGGAUGACCACCAGGAUAUAACCCCAAUGAGCGAGGCUGAGAACUUCACCAUCUUUAUCAAGAACAGCAUUCGCUUUCCUCUCUUUAACGUCACGAGGGGGAAUAUGGGUGAAAACACCAAUUUGAGUUGUUUCUUUGAUCCCAUUAAUAACACAGAUUGCCCGAUCUUCCGCCUGGCAGACGUGCUAAAGUACGCUGGCGAGAAUUUCACAAACAUCUCACGAAAAGGAGGAGAGAUUGGAAUUAAUAUAGCCUGGAUGUGCAAUCUGGACCAGCAUGUAGACAACUGUAAACCCAAAUACACAUUCACACGUCUGGACUCUGCAUUUAAAAACAGCAACACCACAAAGGGAUACAAUUUCAGGUUUGCAAAAUACUUUAAGGCAGAAGAUGGCAGUGAAUAUCGCACACUUCAUAAAGCUUUUGCUAUUCGCUUUGACAUACUUGUGUCCGGCAAUGCUGGAAAAUUUCACUUAAUCCCAACAGUAAUUAACGUUGUUGCAGCUUGUACCUCAGUCGGCCUGGCGACGGUCCUCUGUGACAUCAUCCUGUUAAACUUCCUGAAAGGAGCUAAACAAUACAAGGCGAAGAAAUUUGAAGAGGUUUCAGAUUCUGUCAGUAGGUCUCCAAGUUUUGACCACCAUCAGGGCAGCCAGAUGACAAUCAAACGGGAAGAGAAGAGCUCAGAUGACUCAGGGGCUUAUUCCAUCAGACAUCAGAUGUGAUCAACCGGACGCCUCGGCCGGCAUGAGGUUUAAAAGCCUCUGAGCCUCAUCGUACUACUCAGAUUCGCUAUUCUGAACCUCGACACAUUUACACCAGAGGACUUCAUCAUGUUUACUGCUAUGGCCAAUUUCCUUUCCAGAAUCUCAACAUAAAU